AUGGAAUACCCCCAGUCGGUAAAAAUGUGCUGCCGGCCGUAGCCUAAUAUUGUAUAAGCCAGCAGAGUGUGCAGGAACUAAUAUAUAAGUGACCUAGACUUUGCUUUCAAGCAGUCCCCAUGAACAACUUGAAUGACCCCCCCAGAUGGAACAUCCAACCAGACCCCAGAGGGAGGGGGGCGGGGGCCGGUGAUGGCAACCAAUGGAACUACGCCCUGCUGGUCCCGAUGCUGGGGCUGGCUGCAUUUCGUUGGAUCUGGUCCAGGGAGUCUCAGAGGGAGAUCCAGAAAGUCAAAGAGCAGUACGCCGACGACGUGUCCACACUGACGAGCGAGAUGGAGGCGCGAUACCGCGACACGCUGACGGAGCGGCGCAGGGCGGCGGCGACACUGGAGCUGGAGCUGGAGAAGGAGAGGCAGAGGGUCAAAGGUUACAAGCAGGCCCUGAUCUCCCAGAGCCAGCAGCUGACGGAAGAACGGAAACGGUUGCAUCAGGAGCGCCAGUCCUUCGAGGAAGAGAAGCAAAGGCAGGUGAAGUCCGGCGCUGCGGGGGCCGUGCUGCAUCGCGCCCUGCAGCGAGAGAACGCGCAGCACCGGCGGGCCACCGCCACCCUGAAGGAGCUCGAGGGUCAGCUCAUGGAGCGCCAGAACGCCUAUUGUUCCUUCAUGCAACCCCGAGACCAGCGGCUGGAGAUGGAGAAGAACAUGCUGCUCCAGGUCGUCAGAGAGCCCGACGGAGCGGAACUGGAUCUCGAGUCCGACCUGAGGGAUAUUUUCAGGAGAGAUAAGCACUGUGCGGACCUGCUGAACAUGGACAAGAGGAAGAACGGGAGCCUCAUGUGGGUUUACCUCCGGUACUGGCAGCAGCAGGUCACCGUGCAGAAACACAAGAGAGCCGAGGAGGCGGUAUUUGGUGGAGAGUUCCAGUCUCCAACUAAGUGACCUUGUGUUGUUGAGUUGACUUUGAAAAAUGUUAAAAGUCUGUGGAUCCGAAAUGGAAAAUGCAUGUAUUUUAGUUUUUGUGUGUGUAAUUAUCUUUAUGUUAUUGGGAUGUGAUGGAAGAGGUAGUAACCUCAAUGAGCUGAUGUCCAACAUCUGGAAGCUCCUCCCUUCAUCUCGGUGUUUAGAAAAGAAGGGAAGUCAAGUUUGGAGCAUGCAUAAAUAUUGAUAUUACUCCAGAGGCCCCAGUAGAAGCUGGGGUUGGUCAUCUUAGAUGAUGCUAGCUUUUUAAAUAUUAUCCAAACUUAAAAACACAGCUCAAUGUUGCCAACUUUUUUUUUUUCAAAUGAGAGUUGCGAGCAGCAUUAGCUCCAAAAGUUGAUCAAUUUAGCGAGAAAGUCACCAAGUCUCUUUUUUUUUUGUCAGAGCAUUUGAUUUAUUAAUUGCUUAAUGAGAAUUUCAACAAUAAUAUAAAACAUAUUUCUGAAGAUUACCAAGCCUGCCUUUAAGACUCAUUGGCUUUAAAGUAACGCAUGGAUCAAUCAAGUGUUCAAUUCAGUUUAUUUUGUAAAUCCCAUUAUCACAGAUUACAAACUCCCCUCAGAGGGCUUUAAAUCUGUAAACAUACAACAUCCCUGACCUUUGACCUCACAUCGGAUCAGGAACAACUCCCUAGAAAAAGUGUUUGUCUAUGACCUAAGUAAAGUACCUUUGACUGUCUAGAAGAGCACUAUAUCAAUUUGAAGUAUUAUUAUUAUUAAGUGGACGCUUCUCACAUUCUUUGAGUGCCAUGAAUUCCUGCUCGGUGCAUAUGUUGUCCUGACGAUGUCUGUUCCUCAACCUCGGGUCCACUGUUCCCGGAGUGGCCUCAUAUCACACUUCCCUGUGCUGCUGCAAGUUUCUUCAGGAAGGAAAUUAUUCACAAUGAAAACUACGUUGAACAAAACAGCCAGGAAUCAUUAACGGGGGGAAAAAAUAUUAUUAUUAUGGUAAAAUGAUUGCCGUCUUCCUCUGUGGUGUGUUAACAUCAUGCAUUCAUACGCUGAUGGACGAUUGGAGGUAUUUGUUUAUCUGUGGGACCUCCAGCUUUACAUCUCUCGUUGCACUCCGAAGUGUGUGACCCCUCAUGAGACACUGGUUUUAAAUGUCUCGUCUUUUUAACCAUCAGGGAGACGGGACACUGAAAGUACAGGUGCAUCUAAAUAAGGGAACCCUUCACCACAAUACUGCUCUUUAAAAGAGUGGAAUAUCACCCUUCACACUUCCCCACUAAAGCUGUAGCAUUUCUAUACGGAAACCAAGCUUCUCUAUAUAUGCCGUUACGUUUUUAUUUUUUUAUUUGGACCAUAACUUGGUGAUUAUGUGCUGGAUUUAAAUGCCAUGAGUUGAGUUGCACUGACUGAUCGCUCUGUGAAAUCAUCCUAAUAAAUACCUGGUUGAAGAUCUUCA